AUGUCUCGACCCAACUUCCAAAACUCCGGGACUGUGGUUCUAUGCGCCUUCAUUUACCUCGGCAUCACAGUGGUGAUGCCAGGACUCAUAGUCGCUCUCCUCCAAGGCUUCUUCUUCGGGUUUCUAAUGAGCAUGGUAAUGGCUACAUGGGCCCUGCGAGGCAACAUCACCACCACCGCUAUACUCCAAGCACGAGAGGAGCGGAUAAAGGCGUGGCAAGAUAGUGUUAUGUUAAGUGGGAAGAGGGAAACGGCUGAGGAGGUUUUUGAUGGGCCGGAGUUGGUAGAGUAG